AUGAGCGGGCUUGCGUCCAAGCAGGAGUCGCUCAAGAUCUUCGAGAAGCUCAAGUCGAAGCCAGCCAACAAGGCACGUGUCUGCUUCGACUGCGGCCAGAAGAAUCCCACAUGGACGUCCGUCCCCUUUGGCAUCUACCUGUGUCUCGACUGCUCGGCCAACCACCGCAACCUGGGCGUGCACAUUUCCUUCGUGCGCUCCACCAACCUCGAUCAAUGGCAAUGGGACCAGCUCCGCAUCAUGAAGGUGGGCGGCAACGAGUCGGCCACCAAAUUCUUCCAGGCCAACGGCGGGUCCGCCGCCCUCAACAGCAAGGACCCGAAGACAAAAUACACUUCCCCCGUCGCCGUCAAGUACAAAGAGGAGCUUAAGAAGCGUGCGGCACGGGACGCCAAGGAGUACCCCAACGAAGUAGUCAUCACCGACCACGAUGUCGCCGACGGCUCUUCCACGCCCGCCGAAGAAGAAGACGACUUCUUCUCCUCCUGGAGCCGGCCCGCCGUGAAGAAGCCCACACCCCCCGUCUCGCGCACCGCCACACCCCCCGUUGUCGGGCGCACGCCCUCCCCAUUCCUGUCGGCCCAGAACGGCAAGGACCGCGCUCCGUCGCCCCUGGCUAAGUCCGCGUCCAGCGAAGCUGGUGAGGGAAGCAUGCCUGCGGCCAAACCAGCCGCUCGUGUGACAUCUACAUCGACUCUGCGCUCGUCGGCCACCGGCCCCCGUAAGACGAAUAUCCUGGGAGCGAAGAAGGCUACCUCGCAUAAGCUUGGCGCGAAGAAGCUUGGUGCCGGGGAUGCGGUGAUUGAUUUUGAGGAGGCAGAGAAGAAGGCUAAGGAGGAGGCUGAGCGUAAAGAGAAGCUGGGUUAUGAUCCUGAUGCGGAGGAGGAGGAGGUUGUGACCAAGACGGGCGCCAAGGCUGAGGGCAGCGGGGCAAUCAUUGAGCCCACGCCGGUUACGUCGGUGCGCGCUGGGUUUGGGGCGACGUCGGCUGCGGCGAAAGAUAAGAAGGAUGUGGAGAGGUUGGGCAUGGGGAUUGCUAGGCUGGGCUUUGGGCAGGUGUCAAGGCCGGAUGCGAAGAAGGGGGCUGGUGGGUUUGGCAGUGUUGGGCCGAUUAAGGGCAAGCCGGAGGACGAAGAAGAAACCUACGCCCGCCGCAAGUUCGGCAACCAAAAGGCCAUCUCCUCCGAUGAGUUCUUUGGCAAGGGCAUGUUCGACGCCCAGGCCCAGGCAGAGGCCAAGGAGCGCCUGCGCGGCUUUGAAGGCGCCUCGGCCAUCUCCAGCAACGCGUACUUUGGCCGUCCGGAGUCGGAGGACGACCCUGCUUCUGCUGCCCUAGAUGAUUAUGGCGAUCUCGAGACGGCUGCGAAGGACUUCAUUCGUCGGUUUGGUCUGCAAGCGGGUGAUGAUUUGGAGCAACUGACGCACUUGCUUGGUGAGGGCGCUGGGAGGCUGCAGGGGGCUAUUCGGGCUUAUUUGGCGGGUUAA